UGUGGGCUGUAGCUAGGGGAGUUUGUGUGGUGUGUGGAUACGAGAGUUACGGGGGCUCUCCGUAGUUCCAUGUUGUUACUUGAGAGACUCGGGGGGAAUGGCAGACUUGUUUGUACCUGUGUGUGGACAGUUAUUCUGAUGAGUAACUGUUUUACACCUAUGUCAUCCUAGCCUGGAGUUACAUGUAUUCGCCAGACUGAAGUGUCGUCUAUCUCUGCAUACAAAUAUGUAACCAAAUUCAACAAGUAACUCUUUGGUGGAAUUGGUGAUUUUGGAUCGUGUUUAUAAUAAUGUGUAUUCAUAUCAUGGAUUUAUAACGAUAGGAACAUUUAACUAAGUGCUCAAAAUGACAGACGCAGUAACCCAGACAUUUAGUGACAAAUCGAACAGUGUAUUGGACACAAGUUCCAGUGGAGGAGGUGUUGCCAUGGGAAACAGUGCAUCCCAGGAAGAGGUCCUGUUGGAUGAUGAGGGGCCUGAUCCAGAGGGGACCCCUCCAGUUCCUCAACCUAACAGGGCCAGCUCGAGGACAAGUCUGCAAGGCAGUCAUAUACAUAGAGGUGAUUCACAGGAUGUGCCAGUGACAGUGACGGACAAAGGGUUCUCCAUACCUGAGAUCACCAUCAUAGAGGGGCAGUUUGUGUCUUUCAUGUGGGAAGACUCAAAGUCAAAGCUGAAUAUAGUACAGGUUGUUCAUGAUGGUGAAAAAUUGAGGCCUGUGAUUGGUGGAUAUGAAGCAAAGGCUACAGAGGUCAAAGGUCACUAUGACCAACAGUUCAACUCUGAGGGAGAAUACAAAUUUGCUAUUAACGGUAUUCGAUGCACCCCACUGAGUGUGACAGUAAAGCGAAAGGUGGAUCUGCUGAUAGAGAUUACGGAUGAGGGAUUCCAACAGGCUGUAGUGUACAUAGACCAGGGUCACUCGGUCAAGUGGCACUGGAACGAAUGUAAAACACCCCACGCUGUACAGAAGGUGGACUACUCCAUAGAGAAGAAAUGCUUUGUGAGGAACACCGAGACUUCAAAAGCACCAGUGACCAGUGACUCGUACAGAGAAACAUUCCCGAAACCAGGUCUGUUCUUUUUCAAGACAGAAAGCAACAAAGGCAUUAAUGCUUUUUGUGUGGUACACGUCAGAGAAGCACAGAGAGAGUUUCGUGUUGAAAUCCUUGACCGAUCGUUCCAGCCCAUGAUCCUGCUGGUGGAGGAGGGUGACCGUGUCUGGUGGUCCUGGGACAAAUUCAAGUGUAAGAAGUCGCACAGUGUGUACCAGAUUGAAGCGCCACCUAUUGAUCAGGACGAUGAAGAACCUUACCAGCCAGUAGAAGAUGGCUUUAGGUGGGCAACACCUAGUAAACAAGGUCUGAUGUCACAUGAGUUCUUUAAGCCGGGCGUGUACUACUUCUCCGACCAGAACCAGCAGGAGGCUGCGGAGUACAUCGGCACCGUCAUAGUGAAACCUAAACAGCAGGAACACUAUGUGGAACUGACAACACUGAAGGGCUUUGAGCAAGACGUGGUGAAGGCCCAGAGUGGAGACAGACUUUGGUUCCACUGGGACAAAGAUCAGGCCACCAAGAAUAACUUUAAGUUUGUCAUACAACAGGUCGGCAAAUGUCUUACGCCACUAGCCAAGCCCGCGUCACCUUUAGAUGAAACUACACAAUUAGAGGACCCAUUAGACUCUGAUGCCAUGGGCCUGUGUGCUCGGGUUGGUCUGGCGACAGCAGUGGUGCCCUCUACUGGGGUGUAUCACUACCGACUGUAUGCCACGGAGGACACCAAGGAUAUCAACACCAAGGAGAUGAACACCUGCUCUGCCAUUGUCAACCCUGGACCAAAGAAUCACACCAUCCACCUGACAGACAGUGGGUUUGAGCCGAAAGUGAUCACUGUUCGUCCCAAUGACAGAGUGUGGUGGGUGUGGCAGGGAGGAAAGAAGCCCCACAACAUCAUACAGGUGUCCCACCAAGGCAGCCAUAUAGAGGACGGGUUUUGUAGUGGUAUGAUCCGCGACCCUCCCUCUGCCUACGUUCAUCAGUUCUCCGAGGCCGGUGUCUUCUACUUUAUCAGCUCCAGCAUUUCCAAGGUGUUUGGUGCUAUCGUCGUGUCGACACAACCAGUUGUUCAUGAGGUCAAGGUCGGCAUGGCGGUCAAUCCUGACCCACUUACAGUCAAGCAAAACGACAUUGUGGCGUGGACAUUCCGCAGUACACGUCAGUACGACAUCAUGGAAGUGGAGAGUAUGGACGAGAUCACACAGGAGUUGGGAGACAAGUUAAAGGUCCCCAAACGGAGGUGUUUGAGCCGUGCCAUCAAACAACCUGGAGUGAUACAGUUUUACAGCAAGUCUUUCUUCCAGAACCUAGGGAGUGGAGAUGCAGAUAAAACGGAGGUCCCCAAGAUCAGCAGCGUAAUCUGUGAUGACCGCUACGACAACAUGGCGAUCCGCGUGACAAGAGGCGGCUUCAGUCCGACCUUUUGUUAUAUCCUCAAGGGCCAGAGUGUGCUGUGGACCUGGAAGGGGACAGACGAGGAACACAACAUUGUUCAUGUCGGCUCGGAUGAAACCAGGGAUGACCCCCUGAACACAGUGAAAGGCCCCAAGUCCUUUAACAGCGGCCAGAAGGUGAAGAACAACAGUUUUCUGUACACCUUUGAUGAGCCGGGAUCAUAUAGUGUUGUGUCCCGUGGAGCUGAUGGCUACUCAUGCACAGUUUACGUCCUCAGAUCAGCCCCCAAGGUGAAAGAGCCAACCAUUGAGACCUCUAAUGGAGGAAGCUUGAAACAGUAUGAUAGGAUCCAGCUCUCCUGCCCCACCCCCGGGGCUAAGAUCUUCUUCACUACCGAUGGAACUCCUCCCCUCCUCCAUCUUGAAGAAGCAAAGCUAUUUAAACAGGAUAAAGGGGUGAUCUUUAAACAGCCAGGCAUCAAGUUUAUCCGCGCCAUUGCUGUACUGGAACGUACACUCAACAGCGACAUCUUUACCUCCAAGAGGUUCCUGGUAGCCGAUGACGAUGGUGCUGACCGACAGUCAAUGUCAUCUGCAGCCUCUGUAGCUGAACAAAGACCAGGACCAAGUAAGGACGGCGCCUGGGAAUGGUGGGACUGUGCCCCACACAUCAAGGCAUGCUUCACAGAGCCGGGGGUGAUGGAGGUGUUCUGGAACCCACCCGAGAGUGGACAGCUCCCUCUCAUCAAGGGCUGUUUGCUAUUCCUGAAUGGAGUGACUUACUGUGAUAUGUUCCCGCCAAACAAUACCAGCAUCAGUGUCAGUGGUAUGGCAGGGGGUCGUUUGUAUGAGGUCAAGGUCGAAGUCGCCUCGACCAAUAACAAGUACAAGCCACUGACCUCCAAUGUCCUGGUAAUGAAAUGCCCAAAGCGGACUCCUGAUGGUGGGCCAGUUAUCUCCCUUGAGCGCACGGAGCGUCCUGAUGCCCUUGCUGUAGUAUGGAUGGCCAUUGAUACACCAGAUUAUCCUAUAUCUGGUUAUCUCAUCUUCCUGGACGACGUCCAGUGUGGCAGUAGGCUGGUGCCUAGCCCAGACAGUGACCGAUGUAAGGUUGUGAUCGGAGGCUGUACCCUGAGACAGAUCCACAGUAUAUAUGUGAAAGCCCUCCCUCAUGGAGCUACCAAUGUUGACAUAGAUCAUGCUAAAACCUCCAACCUCCUGGAGGUCACCUUGCCCUUGGACUUUGAGCAGGUGGAGCUCCCGCCAGAGGAGGAACGCAUGGAUGAGCCGGAAUUCUACAAGGAGUACAUUGAGAUAGCGGAAGGGGCCGGCCAGCUCCCCACCAUGGACGAUCACAAACGGGAUAGGAGUCCAGAAAAUUUGGAAUUAGAGAAAGCAAGAUACAAAGUAGAAAGUACAACAUCUUAUUUAACGACAUCAACAUCAACAUCAACGUCUGACCAGAGUGUAGGAACGGACACACCUCAGAGGUCACCCCGCCAGCAGAGGAAGCCGAGGUAUGAUUACAAUGAGGAAGGCAUCGAGUACAAUAAAUACCGGAAGGGCAUCCCUCACCGCUCCGUGUCAGACAGCAAUGAGAGUGAGGAUGGCACCACCGAUGAGGAAUCGGAUGAUGAAGAAUCAAGCUCGGAUAGCACAGACAGCCAGUCCAGGGCCUCGAUCCCCAGUCAGAGCAACCAUCUCAGCUUUGAUGCUUCUAAGUCUUUUGCUGACAAUGACAAGUCAAUAAAACGCAGCAAGGGGUCCCGCGCUAGUUCUCGUAUGAGCAAUCAAACGACUCCGAAGGAAGUUAUGGUUGAACAAGGUGAGCUUCAGAUGUCGAGAGCCCCAACAACAGCAGUAGAACCUCAUUCUGGAUAUGCUCCUAUGGAGAUUGGAAAGAGACAGAAUAAGACAGCCAUUAUACAGGUGCAGCAGUCCGUCCAGCUGGAUGAAGCACGACUUGGAGACUUGAACGUGACGGAGCGAAGGGUGGCUGUUGCUGCAGACAAUAAGGAGCUGCUUAGGACAGUGGAUGAUGGAGUGCUUAUCAAGAAAGCCCAUGAGCAGAACACCCUUCCUCCCCCAGCCAUCAAGGUCAGCUCCAAGGGUAAGACAGGGGUGAAGGUUGAGUGGCUGCUCCAGGAUGAAGUACUACCAGACUACACCCUCCUGUUGUAUGUGGUCAACAUCGUCGGCCAGAAGUUUGGGUCUGAGUUCAGGAAGAGUGACCACAGUUUCGACUGUAACAUCGUGGAGGGGGACAAACAGAUUCGAGCCCAGCAGCAUUGUUGGAAUGUGCAGGACUCUCAGGAGAAGUCCAUAUUUGGUCUGAUGCCAGGCAUGACCUACAGAAUCUUUGUAAUUGCCAACUACAACACACUAAAAGGAAACCAGCCAUAUGAGGUCCAGACCACAUCAUCUGUGAUAUAUUACACCACCAUGGGUCCCCCUAGUGCCCCUCGCCUAAGGGUCUGUAGUGUAGACCUGUACGAGGCUACAGUUGAGUGGGACGAGCCAGCCAUGCACAAGGAGAUGUCACUGAAGGGAUACCGACUCCUGGUGGAUAACAAGCCGUUUAGACUCACGCCUCCCGAGAAGAGGAGUGUCGUCAUUAAUAAACUAGAGCCAGGGAAGACGAUAUGUGUACAGGUGAAGGCCGUUGCUAAGCAAGGUAACGGUAUAGAGAGUGAAGCGUCACGUCCAAUCUACAUCUCCUGUCCACGGGCACCAGCACCAGCUGCCAUAUCUCAGGAGACGUCGAUGAAAACAGGGUGUGUCCUCAUCAGCUGGAGGAAGCCGGAGAGUCACGUACACACACCACAGGGAGAGUCCAUCUGUUACUACCAAAUUUACCAGAACGGUCAGAAGAGGGACAUUGUGAAACCUAACAACAAGAGUAACCAUCAAGGGUAUCAUCACUACCUGUAUGACCUUCCAGCUGACCAGGCAGUGGACGUAGGGGUCAAGUGUAUUGCGGGAAGUAUGAAUGUCGACCCAUUCCAAGAUCAAGUCUUCUGUCGCAGUGAGAGCCAUGUGUCCAACACACUGCGUGUCAUUGCCCCCAGCGUGCCUCACUCCCCGAACCUCUACCUCGAAUCCAUGACUACUAAGGGCAUAGAGGUCACAUGGAUGACACCUCAACAGUUGGGUGAUGUCAAGCUUUCUGGCUACCGUAUGAUGAAGAAUGGACAUCUGUAUGGGGGCCUGAUCCCACCCUACAUCAACACCUGGACAAUCAGUGACAUCACACUGGGCGAGUCUGUUACACUGCAGCUUAUUGCCCUCACAGAACACCCCAUAGGCAAGAUAGAGGCAGAGAUUGCCAACCGCCAGAGGUCAGAGAAAGACAAGUUGGAAAAGAUGGAGUCUGCAGCAAAAUCAAUGAGUCGCAGUGCUCUGAUAAAAUACUCCAAAGACAUGCCCACGAAGGGCUGGCCUAAGCUGCCUAGGUCUGCCCGAGACCCCUUUGAGGAGCACUUGGGUGACAGAUAUGCAGGUUGUCGUCCAGGACGUAAACUGAAAAUGGUGUAUUCUGGCUUAGUCCAGCCUCCUUCUGAUGUGCGCAUUCACCAGGUGACGGGCCAUUCUGCCCUUAUAGGAUGGAGUGUGGACGAUACAAAGUUCCAUUUCGUACGCCCGGAAAGUUUCCGAGUCCGAUGGUGGCCUGGCGAGGAACCCGUCGACAACAUCGUCUCUGAUGAAACUACAGACAACAGGCUAUUGAUAUCUGGGCUGCGGUCAGACACUGCCUACACAGUUGUGGUUGACGCAGUCAAGUCAGAAAUCAUGAAGAAUGAGCCCAGUGAAGAUAACAAGGAAGUCCCUGAAGAGGAGACUAGAAAUACCUUCACCUUGACCGCUACGUCAAAUUACCUGACCUUGAAGACGGCUAAACCGCCCAGUAAGCCGUCUCACAUAGGUGUCAGUGCUAAUACCUGUAGUAGCAUGAGGAUUGCCUGGAACACUCCAAGGGAACAUGGCACCAGUAUCAUCGGUAUACGUAUUGAUGCAGUCUCUAUGGCUAAGAAUGAGCCCCACCAUAUCAGCUACGAUGCCUUGCCAGAUGCUGUAUCUAUUGAUAUAGAGGGUCUCAAAGAAAAAACAGAAUACCUCAUUCGUGUAACUGCUGUAACAGAUGAAUACUUUGACCGUCUCCCUGAAAAACACAAAUUUAAAAAGGCGAAAGUGUUGCCCAGGGAUGUGAUGGUGCCGCCCAUGGAAUCUCCAUGGUUGCCUAGCAACUAUAUUAUUGAGAGGACAGCUGGCACAGAACCACCAGCAAAUCUCAAGGUCACCAAAGCCACAACGACCUCUAUGACGUUGUCGUGGAUAUCCCCCAUUGUUUACGGCUCUAACCGACUCAAGAACAUUAUCGUGCGGUGGACAGAUGUGAAGAAUGACAGAAAGGGUGUAGAUGAAGUCAAAAUGUCCAGUUAUAAGACUCUAGAUCCUAAAGAUACCCAAACCACCAUCACUGACCUUGUUCCCGGCACCCAGUACAAGGUCGUGGUUGAGGCUGUAGUUAGUGUAAGGACGUCAUUAGUAGAUACCAACGACAACGAGAUGGAGAAGUACCGCCGAAUAGCUCAUGUCAUGUCUAAGGCCCUGUACUGUAGGUCACGUGCACCUACUGAGGCCCCGAAUCUGUACAUCACUGAGUUUUCUCAGGACACAGCCCAGCUGUACUGGGAGAAGCCUCGCCUCGUGUCCACCAUUGGUCGUGAGGAGGAUGGCAAGCCUAAGUACAUCCGGCGCUACCUGGAGGGGUACAAGCUGGAGAUCAAUGGGGCAACCCACUGUUGUCUCGGCCCCACCAGACAGAGCUGCUCCCUCAAGAAGUGUCGACCAGGAAAGGAGUACACUGUCCGACUGUUGGCCUUGACCUGUACAGACGAGGGCAAGAAGGAGAGGAAGAAAAAGUAUAAGGGAUUCUAUGCCCAGCAAAACAAGGAGGAUCUAGAUUACGCCACACUGCUGAAUGACGAAGAUAACCUUGACCCUUCACCCUCAGACGAUGUGGAAAUGAUCCUUCCAAGAAUACAGCCAGGUUACAUAGCUUCUGUCAAAGCGACCUUCAGACAUGUGGAGGACACAGAAAUAAACAUGUUUGGGGAGAUCCGCGUGGAAUGGACGAUCCAAGGGGAAGCAACUUUGAUAAAAGACUUUAAUGUCCAUUACAUGAUUGAGGAUGAAGACACUGUACGACAGGUGCGAGGAGCCAGCGCCAGUGCCCGACUGCUGUCGAUACCAGUGGAGAGACUCAAGUCUGUGUACCAGAUCACCGUAGAGCCUAACUACUACACAGAGACGCUACCCCACAAGGCCCAGAGUGUACAGAUCGUGAUACCCGGCCCACCUGAUGCCCCACAGGUCUUCCUCAAGUCUGUCACCCCAGAGGAGUUUGUCAUUGAGUGGGGCGAGCCCAAGUUAUGGGGAGGAGUCAAAGUCCGUGGAUACCAGGUGUACAUGAAUGACAAGCGGGCUGGCAAUGAGUUGAGUACGUCUCAUAGGAAAGCAGUGAUACCGUGUAGACCCAACAAGACCUAUAAGAUAAACCUGGUGGCCCUGAGUUCUAAGCCAGAGUAUGAGGACUCCCUCAAGUCCAACACCCUCCUGGUCAAUACAUCUCUACACUCGCCCCGCCAGGCCCGCGCCCUCGACGAGUGGCAGACUGAUGACACAGACGUGCCAGUGAAGGUGGCCCAGAUCACAGACACUAGCAUACACUUAGACUGGAGUCGCUACCUGGAGGUAGAAGAGGUGGCAGGGUACAGAAUAGAAUGGAGCAGUGUUGCCCAGCCCACACAAAGGUCACUGAACCUGGAGAGGGACAACAACAGCUGUAUAAUCAACAACUGUCUGCCCGGUACCACCCACUUUGUCCGUCUAAUUGUCCUGGAUGACCAGGGUAAGGAGCUGGAGCGGUCAAGGCAGCUGACCAUACAGACAUCAGCACCUCCUGAGGCACCUAUCAUGACAGUCAGGGCCUGCAACUUCCGCUACAUUUCUGUCCAAUGGGAGAAACCCACGACCUAUGGUGAUGCCCUAGUAACGGGGUACAAGGUGUUCGUCAAUGGUAUAAUUAUGCAUACACUCAAUGCAGACCAGACUAGCUACACCUACACUGAGGGAAAGUGGUGCCAUGAGUACACCUUCCAGGUUCAGGCUUUAACAGCACUAGAGCGCAUGAGCAGUAAAGUGUCCGAGCCACUGACAGUGGUCUGGCCCGGCGCCAUGAGUCCACACCUCCACCGCCUACCCACACACAGCAGUUCUGUCAUACGCAUCGGCUGGGAUGACCUCAACAUGUCCGACGGUGCCAAGGUCAAACACUUUAGGGGGAUGUGUACAGAGGAGGCUACUAAUAAAGUGGUGUAUGACUUCCCGAUCCACCCAGAAAGUCGUGAAGUCGAGUUCAGCAACCUUAAGAACAGGAUCUACACCAUUCUGCUGGAAGUACAUUUGUAUGGGACCAAUGAUGUGAUCAGAUCGGAUGUCCUGAGGGUCCAGCCAGCCACGGCCCCCGACCCUCCCAGGGUCACGGUGACCGUGGUAGGACUGGAUGAAAGAAGACAGCUGGAGAAAAUCACCUGUGACCUUGUCAACAAGAGAGACAGGCUAAUACGAAAGGUUGGCCACAAGCUAAAGGAGAUUGGUGCCCUUGCUCACCCCUUGAGGGCAGAGAAGAACCGUGAGGUGAUAGAGGGUGCCCACACAUUGACCAGGGUAGAGGAGUAUCUGGAACAGUGUUUCAUUGCAAUGGAACACUUCACAGGUCAGUUGAUGGCUCAUAUUAGCUGGCAAUGUCCACAGUCCAGACCUGACUUCCAGAUCGCUGGAUACAAGGUCCUCAUCGAUAGCAAACAAUACGGCAGUCCCAUGCACGACGGCGUCCGCUCCAUCAGGAUCAGUUUGCCAGUAGACCAGCCCAAGUACAAACUGAGCAUGGUGUCGGUGACAGAAAAGCCACAAGCAACCAGUGAAGAAUCCAACUCAGUAGAACUCCUUGCAGAAAACUUCCGCCCCUUCGCUUUCUACUGCUACCACAGUAUCCACCAGAAAAACAUCAGAUGGCCCAGUACUGGAUGCUGUAAAUACCUAGAUUCUAUAAACUACGAAAGACAACUUGCCAAGAAGCUAGCCAACCAGGGACUGCUGAAAAAGAAGGUUCCGCCACCGUCCUGUAGCCUUCUGGAUGUGUUUGAUGGAGAGUACAAACCUUUCAUGGGAACGCACAACAAAGAGUUCCCUACGGUUGUCCUCUUCUGGACACCUUGGUGUUUGUCAUCUCAAGCAGUCAUGACCAAUUUCGUUCGCUUUGCUCGGGAAUACUCCUCAGAUUACAACUUCAUAGCUGUGACCUGUGGUGUGGACGCUAUGGGUGCCACAGAGAGAAAGGCUCUUAUCCACCAGAUCACCACCAACGGUUACCGUGCCGACAAUGUCCUGUGGCACUGUACCAGUCAGUGUGCGUCCUCCAUCCACGAGGCCACUAACAACUCCAUGGCAGGUCACUCCAGGAAAUAUGACGAGGGUCAUCAUAAAUUAGUCGACCUGACCGAGAUACUUGGUAUUGCUGGUGUGCCGACACUUCUCUUUGUCCACCCUGAAGGUUACAUCGCAUGGCAUGGACGCUACAGUUCAUUUGACUAUGCUGCCUUCUCCGCCUUCAUGCGCCACACUUUCUGUGAAGUGACGGGAACUGCUUGUUCUGUGUUCAAAUGUGACAGCUGUCAGAAUGACCUCACCAUAGACAACCAGACAAUAGAACAAGUAUUACAACUGGUCCAUGAUAUACCUAUGAAGAAUGUGCCCCUUUCACGCAUGCCAGCAGAUUUCUUCCAGAACGAUGACUCUUCAAACCUCAUAGAGAACAGCCCAGAACAGAUCUUCUUCAAACGCAAGCCAAGUCCAAAGGGACGUAGCAAGAAGAAACGGUCCUCCCAGAUAACAGUCAACAGCAGGCCAUACUCUGCAUCCACAUAUGUACAGCUACUCAAAAGUCCCUACAUGCAACAGGUUGUGCCUUCUCCCAAGGUCCUCAAUAGGAUGCUGAGGCCCAACAGUGCUAGCGGGGCACGUCAGUAGUUCUCCAUAUAACACUGUGUAAAACCACAAUUACCCCAUUUGAAUUCUUCCAAUUCAAAGAUUGGAAAGGUUUAUUAUGAAAUUUCAGGGGUGACAGAGUUUAACAGACCACUGUAAUGAAUGACAACCACUUUCAGAAGAAUGCAUCUAUAGCUGUCCUGGACCUAUCAAAAGCAAAAUGUUGUUGUUUUGAGAAUAUUUGUAUGGGAGAAAAAAAAUUAUUGGUGGGAAGAGCCGUCUCCAGAGACAGGUCCUCAACUGUUUUGACCUCUCAGCAGUGCUUAUUUAACAGAAUCCUGUAAUACACUGUGCCAAUUGUACAAAAACUGUACAAGUUUUUUAGUGACUUAUUUUUGAAACACAGUACAUGUACUAGGUACUAUUUCUGUCUCCAAAAGACCUUGGAUGUCCCAAGGUCUUUCAAACUAAUAGUUGGGUUUCAAUGAAUGAUCCUAAUUUUCAGCAUGAAAUAAACAUUUGACCACUGUGAGGGAAUGCAUUAUUGUUAUGAACAGGAGAUGGUUUUUUAAGACAUUGUCACAUCAGCUUUUUUUUAACCCAGACAAAGAAAAAUAUCAUAAAAUUAAUAUCAUGCUAAUACAGUGUUUGUGAAAAGGUGAUGGGUUUUUGUGUGUAUCCAGCAAGAUAGGAGUUGUUAUACAAAUGUACAUUGUUUUUGAUCUUUUUAUUUACAAAGAAACCAUUUUAUCCUUUACAUGGUAAAAAGUUCAAAAAACGUGUUCAGUUUUCAUAGGUUUUUUUCAUUAUAUAUAAAACUGUCUCGCACAUUUGCGUAUUACUUUGACAGUAGCUUCAGUAUGUUUACUCUGCACCCGCGGAGUUCUCAAUAUACAGCUGAUAUAUAUAUCAUUAAUUAAGACGAAAAAGUCAUAUUCACAUGUGGUUUAGACCAAUAUAUUCUGAAAAAUUAUAUUUCAUUUCAAUUAUUUAAUGAGCAUGCUAUCUUGGUAGUAGCACCCCAACUGGUCAUAAAUAUUUUUGUGCCAUAGUCCUUUUAUGAAUGUCCAGCGUGAAGUGGUAACACGAAAUAUAUGGUAGAUUCAGGUAGAUGGUGUGUAUGAUAUUUGGUUUGAAAGGUUGUAGGAGUGUUUGUGUAUAUACCUUACUGCGAGUACAUGUACUGGAGUUUAUACUAUGGAACAAAGGUAUUCGAGUAUAGACUGAUUGAGUACAGGUAUUCGGUUAAGAGUAUGUAACAAAUUGGAAACUUUUAAUUAGUCUUUUGUAUAUAAUUGACUCCAUGAUUGAAAUUUUAUUAUAUAAUGGAAAUUUGAAAGUAAUAAAAUAGAAUUUUUCAAAAGUGAAGAUAUUUUAUUCAAUCUGUAGUUAUAUGAAUGCUUCAACUACAGCAACGAUAGAUAUAUAUAUUAAACAGCUUACUGUUAAUGUUGACCUUGGUCAUAUCACACGAUGUGUAGGCUGAAAUUCCAUUUGUUGUAUUUUUAGUGUUUUUACAUUGUACAUUGGAUUGUAUAUCUGUACUUAUAUGUGGCUGUGAUAUUAUCAUUGUGUUAUAAAAACAUCAUUCCAUUAAUGGAAGGUUUUAAACGAAAUAGUUUUAAGGUAUGUAUACCUGUGAUAUUUGUACAAAUUAGGUGUUGAUCUUGUCAUUGUUUGGAUGUGAUGUCUCAGUUCUACCAAAAUAUUAUCCAGACGCAGGGUACGUACUCUUGGUUCUCAAUCAAAGACUCAAUUCUGUAAUUGUUAGCAGUUGGCAUAUUUUAUGAUUACAAAUUUUGGUGAAAUUAAUUUUAAAUUAUUUUUAUUAGAUACAAAAUAUGUACAGUGUAGCGUGUUUAAAUAUGACCAGAGUAUUCCGUUUUCCAGUUUUAUCAAACAUAAUGCUGUAUUCAAAUUUCUAAUGAAAGCUAAAAAGUAAAGACAUUUAUAUUCCGACAUCCUGUCAAAACUGACCAUUAUGCUGUGUAGGACAGGGUGUCAGAUUAGACAGGAUAAAUAUCUUCCACAGGGUGUCAGAUUAGACAGGGUUUGUGUCCCACAUUGUGUCAGGGCUUAUAUGUCCCAUGUGUUGUCAGAUUAGACAGGGCUUAUGUGUCCCACAGGGUGUCAUAUUAGGCAGGGUUCAAUAAUACAAUUUGUAUUGUUGAUUCAUAUUGCAUUGUGUAAUAUUGAAAAAAAACCCUGAUGCUUACAAUUGUACAGAGUUGCUGGUUUCUAGAACAGGGAAUUAUACCAUACAUGUACAGUGUAUUGGAUUUGCUUAUGAAUUCCGUCACCUUAUUGGUUUCUCUAGUUCACAAAAAGACUGCACAGAAAUUAUCAAGAUACCGGUAUAUUGAAUGUUUUGAACAUACAAAGACAUUUUUGCUGACAGGACUAUAUUACUUUUAGUACGUUUUAUACACCGUAUUUAUUUACAUUUUUAUAAAACUUGCUUAUCCAGCACACUGUCUUUAGUAUUAAUACGUUAAUUUGAUCAACAGAAAAGAAUUGAAAAAUAAUUGACCGACAGAUUUGACGACAAUGUGGAAUUGUACAUGGAGUUGUUGAUGUCCUGAUAGGUUCCAUUGUUAUCACUGGGAACAAAAUUGUGUACUCGUUAAUAUUUGCACAGCUCAGCUUUACUGUUUACUUUGAGCAGCUUCUGGCUUUAACACCCAACAUUUGUUUUGUUAAAACAUCUUUCUUUUGUUCAAACAUUCCUUUAAACAUUUCGUUACUUAGGUAACUUUUUUUAUUCUUAAUGCAGCAUCUCUGCCUCUUAUUUAUCAAUUGAUGAGCAUAUUUACUUUCAUUUCCGUCCAUAAGAUAUGUGAUAUGACUAAUACUUGUGUAUUUGCUAUUAAGGAUUUUUACCAAUCUGAACCAAAUAUUUUCAAGUUAUGAUGUACAUGAUGAUACAAACCUAACUUGUUGUUGAAUACUAUAGAGAGUCAUCUCUGUGAUAUUGAUCUACUAAAUCUUCACUUUAUUUAUAAUGUUUCAACAGCUUUAUGUACGAGUGUAUGGAAAGUCUAUACAGAUGAAGGGUAUAUGUAUGAAACAUUUCAUUUGUCUCUGGGUUGUUUUAUUACAAAGAGCUUAAUAGUCAAAUAGAGUAGAAAGUAAGGUAUUUGACUUUUUUUAUGCUUUGUUUUUGGGAAUAAAAUGUCUAGAUAAGAAA